GGCAGCAGAGGAGGAGGAGUGUGUCUGUCUCCGCUCACUUGUCCACAGCUAGGGACUCCGAGAAUAAACAAUUCCCACAGACUACACGCUACACGCCUCGGCUCGCAGUCGCAGCACACACACACACACGCACACACACGUACACACACAAACACCGAGGCAUCUUUUUGGACUAACAAUUUUGUUUUUUAAAAGCCUGCCUCGCCAUCUUUGUUCCCCCGCCUGAAGUGUCAAGACGGACGCGACCGUUUUUCAUUGGAUUUGCCUCCUCCUGUCGAAUAACAACGAUGCGCCUCUCCGGCUGACUGCGGGGUGGACAGCGCAGGUUAUGUGGCGGGAGUGCUGGGGAGAAGCAGGGGCUAAGUGAAAAUGCCACUCAUUCCUGAAGAGUCCCUGGCCUCGUCAAGGUCCCCCAUGUGAGAUCUGCAAAGCUGAAAGGCGCCACUGACAGGACCACAGCCAGGCCUUACGACAGACAUCCCAAACAUCCAAAGCCACGGAAUGUGUCAACAUCUUUGUGGUGAAAUCCCGCUGACUUCUCGCUUGCUACUCGCAUAAGCCUAGAGCUGGACCUUCUGGGAUCCUACAGUGUUUAAAGGCAUACAACAAUGCCUGGGAGGCCCACCUGCCCCAGAUUGCCUCCAAUCAUGGUUGCUGUGUCAUCACAGUGCUGACUGUGCCCACUACCGAAAGGGAUCGCAUCUGGUCGGCGCAUCCUCCGGCCCACUGCAGACUCUCUUCUUUUUGGUAUUUAGGAAGUACAUGCCACUGUCAACCAGAUGACCUAGUGGACAUUUGUUUCCUAGUAGCAGUGCUCAACCAUACGAGGGGAUCCUAGUAUUGAACAUGACUCAUGGGGAGGAGCCUGGCCCUGAGACACACAAGGAUUCAGCUGUUCUAACUUAUCUGGAAGGUUUACUGAUGCAUCCAGUGGUAGCCGGGCCUGGGGCCACGGCGAGCGGGAGGUCUGAGGCUGCCCACAGCAACCAGGAGCAGGGUGACAAGGUGGGCGGGCCUUUCCAACUGCCCAAUCAUGGCCCCACAGCUCCCAAAGCUGGAACUAACGGGCCCACACUGGGUUCUUCGCAGCACCUGAAGAAGGCACGCCUACUACGCUCUGGAGUCUGGAAUGAUCCAGGGACCCAGAGGAUGACUUCACCCCCAAUGGAGCUGAAUGGCCAAGUGGGAGGCCUGCAAAAUGGAACACUAGAGGGAUCUCCUCAUGCCGGGGAAAGCACCCUGUUGGCAUCCCUGCUUCAGUCAUUCAGUUCACGGCUUCAGAGUGUGGCAAUGUCUCAGCACUCUAAUAAACCCCCCAGUGAGUGUUCCUCUCCAUCCAAGGCACCACCUGCGGAUAAAGAGCCACUUCCUGUGUAUGGGACAGCCUCUAGCCGCUUGAAGGGCCUGAUGAGGAAGAGCAAACUUCAAAAUCACAGCAACACACCUUACAGUCGCAGGGGACACAGUCAGGACAGGCCCCCAGAAUCACCUCGGUCAGCACACAGUGCCACGCCUCCCUCUGCCUCUACUACUGCUGAAUCCGUGUCCUGUGCCGAUCGUCUGAAGGCGGUGGCCAACAUGGUGAAAAUCCGUUCUAGUCCUGCACCUUCACCCAAGCCCAGUGUGGCCUGCAGUCAACUGGCCCUGCUGCUGUCCAGUGAAGCCCAUCUCCAGCAAUACUCCAGAGAGCAUGCACUCAAAGCCCAGCUCUCAGGAAGAUCUGCCAGCGAGAGACUAGCUGCCAUGGCAAACCAGCAGUAUGGCCAGGACAGCAGGCCACCUAGUGUGGGAGGGACUCUGCCUGGAGCCUCAGACACACUAAGCUCCCUAACAACCCAAAAUGAAAUGACAACAACAGCCACAAUAACAACAACACUCCCUCGAACGGCACUGUCCAGUCCACAGAGCCCCUCUUUGCUGCGUGGCAACAGUCAAAGCUCCCCACCCACUCCCCCACAUGCUCCAAACGCCACUCUGAGCCAACCACCAAGGGAGAAGCGAGGCUUUGACUCACGUCCAACCCGUCCCCCGCAGACAUGCAGCAGCUUGCUGCUGCUGCUUCUCAACAACCACAACAACCAGAAGCAGCUGACCAAGAAUGGGCACCUGGAGGACAGCUGUGGCAUUCUUCCGCCAAGCGGCUCAUCUUCAGUCACAUCGGACAGCGAGUGCUCGAUCCAGGAGAGGAGCCUGACCAAGGACAGCAGUGAUGCAGAGAGUUCCUACUCGAGUUGCUCUCCCAUUGACCUCUCCAUAAGAAGCCGGGUCAGUACACGAGACACAGGGCCCAAAACUACCGUCCCCUCUUCCUCCUUCUCCUUCUCCUCUUCCACCUCUAACUUCUCUUCUUCCACCACUGUGUUUUCCUCCACCCCAGUUGCAUUCUCUCCCCGAGCUUCUGCUCAAACCUCCACCGCAACCUUUUCUCCAUCCUCUACUGUUGUCCCCUCUAUUUCCACUGCUAUUUCCUCAUCUUCCUCCUCCUCUAUGUCUACCUCCUCUCUGGACAAACUAACAGAAUCUUUAAUAAACAAGUGGAAGCCAGAGCCACCAGGAUCAAAGCUGUGCAAGAACAAGGAGCCUGAAAUGAGCCAGGACCUAAAAUCACACUCUAAAGUCACACUUAUGCAGCUUCUUCUUGAGCGCAGAAAUAAUGAGAUGGUUAAUAAAAGCGUAGGUAACCCCGAUUUUCCUGUUGAUGUAACUAUGGCCACCAUGGCUCGAGACCAACCAAAGGGACUCGAGCCCUGGGAGGAGACCAGGACAAAAAGUCCCAUAGAUAGACCUGUAGCCCCAGCCCAGCCCCUCUACUCACCACUCAGCCGGGACACUAGUGCUGCACUGUCCCCGUACUCCUACCCCUCCCCCCAUGUCCAGUCCAGCCCAUUGGAUUUGUGUAAAUCUAAAGCCUUCCCUGCUGAGAAGGCUUCAGAGCCUGCCUUCAGUGCCAGUAAACUGUUACAAAAUCUGGCUCAGUGUGGCACAGCCUCUUCCUCCCCACCCAUCCCCUCCAGCAAAGGGCUUGGUCAGGAGCUAGAUGCCAGCAGGCCCCUUGCCCUAUUGGAAAGGCUCAAUGCUCCAAUCCACAGGACCACCACCACUCCACUCUCAGACGGACCCUCCGGCAGUGGCACACCUUUCAGUCAGAAGGAAGCUUCUCCUCCUUCAACGCAGAUCGAGAACCUUCUAGAGAGGCGCACUGUGCUGCAGCUCCUUCUAGGAACGGGCUCGGCUACUGCUCCAGUCAGCCGCAAAGAUAGGCCCAGUGGCAGUGGCAGGAGGAGUGUGGAGGUUGCAGGGGGCUGCUAUGAGAAGAGCCCUGGUGCCUCCCUCAUCUGUAACAGCUCCAAUGGGCCCCCUUUGAACAUAAAGCUCAAAACUGAGUUUACUGAGGAGGUGGGACCGUCCUUGGCCAUGUCUGAGGACUCUGGUGGCAGAAAGAGACCUAGUGGCUACGAGAAGAAUAGCCCCCGCUCAGAUUGUCAGCAAGACUUAAAAACAGAACCACGGCCUGCAGAGGUCAUAGCAAAAUAUGGCCUCCUCAGCCAGCUACUUAAACAACAGACUGCUACCUACUAUACCAGUUCUGCUAUGCAGGCUGAGUCACAGCCCAGGCCGGUUAAAGAGGAACAGAGGGAGUAUCCAAGCCCCAGUCCUAAGAAGAGACGCCUCUGUUCUGGCCGGACUGAUAGUUUGAAUCAUACCAGCUGUCCAAGAGCAGUGGACAGUGGCGACAUAAACAUUUUUGCAUCUUCUGCUGUUCAGGAAGAGCCUGACCAUCAGAGGAAUGUGAAGGAAGAGGAGGCUCCACCAAGGAGUCCACCAAGUGAAACCCUCACCAGAGAGAGUCGGGGCUUCAAUGUACUCAAACAGCUGCUGCUCUCUGACAACUGCCUGAAGGAGCUGUCCCAGCAGCCCCGGGGGACACCCAGUCCCUCCGUCCUGCAGGCCAAUGGGAAGGCCAACGGCAGCAUUCUCAGUCAGGCCGCCCAUAAUCACAGCUUCCUCCACCUGCCGAGCUGGCACCCCCAUGGUUCCCUUAACUCAGGGCUUCCGAGUAAUCUCAGACCACUGCCUACCCCCCCUGCAGGUGACAGCCCUAUCCGCACCCCCUGGAGCCGCCAGCCAGCUCCAUGGCCAGUCGCUCAAAAACGGGACCCGCCUACUCUAGUCAAACAGGAGCCCGAGAGCCCUGUGAGAUGGAGUAGUCAGGAGAAUGAGGAGGAGGAGGAGGAGGGUUGUGACUCAAACCCGGACUCUCCACGGCUCUCGCGUUCCAACCCCAUCCUGUAUUACAUGCUGCAGAAGGGCAGCAUUCAGCUGAGAAAGGAGGUGCGGGAUCAGGCAGAGGGAACCCACUCUAUGGUCAGAGUUAAAGAAGAGCCAGUCAGUGACAUGCAUGCUUAUGAACACAGUCUGAGCUCCAUCCCGCAAUCACCGAACCACAAUGACAAGCACAGCCAUGAGAGCCAGGGGUUGAGCCAAUCAUACGAGUAGAAGUUGUAUCAACUACAGAAAAAUACAAAGCGGAAUUGAAUUCAUUGACUUUUUUUUCUCCUUUUUUUUUAAUGACUUGCCAAAUUGGUUUGAUGGGACAAAUAACAAAGACUGCAAACAUGAUCUUUUUGUGGAAUAGAGCAAGUUUCAAUUCAAAUGCAUACUUGCAUUGGUUUCUCAAUUUUACAUAGCGAUGUCAUGGAGUGGUACAGAACAGGUCUAUCAUAGCAAAAUGUCUAAUUGAUUCAAGCAAAACUACACAACUGUCACAAAUUGAACCUUUCCCACCAGUGAUUACCAUUCACUGCAUAUUUAAUUUGGUCAAUUAUGAAGUUGUCCUUUACAAUUUGCUCUUGUUUUGCACUUUUUAUUUGUAUCUGAAUUCUACACAUAUCACUAUUCCAUGUCCCCUUUGUUGCCGGCCAUAAAACAUUUAGGAAGAACAUUUCAGGCAACAUUUAUUAUUGAUGACUCGAAAAAUGUUAGCGCUCAGUUCAGUGGACAUUUAUUUAUUUUCUCCAUCAGAACAUUUUCAGAUAAGACAGAGACCCAUCAAUUUUAGAUAAGAUUCCAAAUAAAGCCAUUCUAGUGCAGACACGGCGGUCUAUUACCACAAUGCACAUGAUGAAUUCAUUCAAAGGAGGACCUUGAAAACUAUUCACACUGCAGUAGCUGCAGUGAGGAUCCUACCAUGAUGAAUGCUUCACAGUGUGGUACAAUUACCAGAGAAUAGUCACAAUUCAUUGAGUUACGCUUUAAUUUGAAUUGAACGUUUUAAUAUUCAACAGUGCAAAUUCAGGGCGAUGUGUUUGCAGAUUGUGCAGUUUUGGGCAGAUGGGUUAACAGGGCGCGUGUGGUGCUUACCGUUGAGCAACUGUAUGUAAACAGGUUUCUGGAGCAACAGCUAAAAGGCUGAGAAGCGUAUCUCACCACCACUUCUCUCUUCAAGUGUGAAGCACAUUGCUUUUUUGCUUUUCCUUUCACGUGAAGGACCACCUAGAGUUUGCACUAUCGAAAGUCGAGUCCUCUGCGUCCUUUUCCAGAAUCAUUUAAUGGCAUGUAAUAAAAAAAGAAAAGUCAAUAUUGUUAUCCGUUGAGAAUUUGACAGUUUGUGAUUCUUUUCUUCAUCUUUCUUCAACUGUUGUGGUUUAUGGACAUAUUUCUUUUCUUUUGUGGCAGCCUCUUAACUCAUAAAAUGUCAAAAGAAUUGCAUGGUAAUUAAGAGAAGACCACGGGUACAUCUUUGUUUUCCAAGCAGCUGGAUAUGUGUACCUGCCCCCCAAUAACCACCAGGACAUUUGGUGUCUUGAGGGAUAUCCGGUAUCUAGCUCCUUAUUUUGAUUGUACUGUAUUCUUUUCGGUUAAUGUCACACACUGCUUUAUCCAUUUAGUCUUGUGAUCUUUUUAAUACAUAUACCUAUGAAGUACGUCUCUUCGAUUAUUAAUACAUUUUCACAAUGGUUAAAUAUAUUUGUGUAAAUAGUACUUUCAGUAUGAAAGAUGACUAUUUUGUAAUGUUUAAGAAAAGAUAUUACCCUAGUUUUUAAUGCCCUGACAUGUAAAUAUGAAUUAUAUGCGUGUGUACAUACAAAGGCAGAGGAUGCUAUGCCCAUCUUUUUUUGGUUGGUUUGUUCUUUGCAUGUGUCUCUAUGUGGUAAAUGAUAAUCUAUCCUGCGCUGUGUUGUGUAAUAAUGUCUGACUCUCCUCACUGCUGCCUGUUGCAUGCAGACGCAUGGGAACUACCUGUGUAUCCCUACUGGUGAUGGGGCAAAAUGUCAAGUCUUAAAAAUAGGUCUUUUUUAUCACAGAGAGGUCCGUUUAGAAUACCAACAGUCCCCAAAUAACCGCAGACUGUCGAGCAAGUUCAUUCUGAAAUGUGUGAAAAAUAAACGUGCAUUGAAUAUU